GAUAUUUUCUGCAUCGGAUUUGGAUUCCCCCUAUGUUUCUCUCUCUAAAAACCCUAACUCUCUCUCUCUGUAUACUCAUCUCUGUGUAUCUCUCUCUAGAUUUUCAUUUAAAGAAAAACUUCUUCGUUUUUAAUUAAAUUUUUUUUUAUUCCUCCCUCUCUCUCCUCUCUCUCUAGAGUCCUUUUGUUUUGGCGACUGUUCUUCGUUUGUUAUUUACUGGUAAUUUAGGCUUACGUCUGCUCUGUUAAGAAUCUCGAUUUUCUCUCUCUAGAAGCUCUACUCUCUCUCUCUCUCUCUCUAAACUCUUUCUGGAAGAUUGUCUUAGGUUUGGGGCCUUCUGUUGGAGUUUUGCCUUGGUUUCUAGGGUUUUUAAUGGUUGUAAACUUGAGUUAGAAUAGAGUAUAUUGGAAGGAUCUGGAUAGAUAAACAAUGGCGUCUGUGGACAAAGAGCUCGAAGAACAGCUUUUGGAAGCGGGGAAUAGGCUCCUCCAACCUCCGUCUUCCGUCGAUGAGCUCCUUCCUUUACUUGAUCGAGUUGAGAAUUUUCUAUCAAGGGUGGAGCAGUCACCAUCCAAACCGAUGCAAGCUGCAAUUUCUCCAUCAACUAAGGCAUUAGUUGUGGACGAACUUUUGAGGCAUCCAGAUGUUGAUGUGAAAGUUGCAGUUGCCUCAUGUAUCAGUGAAAUAACAAGAAUCACAGCACCAGAGGCUCCGUACAGUGAUGAUCAGAUGAAGGAUGUCUUUCAUCUGAUUGUAUCGUCUUUUGAAAAUUUAUCUGACAAGUCCAGUCGAUCUUAUAACAAAAGGACCUUGAUUCUCGAAACUGUAGCCAAGGUCCGGUCAUGUGUGGUUAUGUUGGAUCUGGAAUGUGAAGGGCUGAUUGUUGAGAUGUUUCAGCAUUUUCUGAAAGCAAUAAGUGAUGAUCACCCAGAGAAUGUCUUUUCGUCCAUGGAGACAAUUAUGACUCUUGUACUAGAAGAAAGUGAAGAUAUUUCUCUCGAGCUACUCACCCCCAUCCUAGCUAGUGUAAAAAAGGACAACGAGGAAGUUCUGCCAAUUGCUCGAAAAUUGGGGGAGAAAGUUUUGAAAAACUGUGGAGCCAAGCUUAAAACUUGCCUGACACAAGCAGUUGGAUCUUCGGGCCUUUCUUUAGACGACUACAGUGAUGUAUUAGUUUCUAUAUAUGAAGGAACAACUGAUGGUGUUGAGCAUAAUGACGACAAUGCUUUGGUAGAACAGUCGGCUGUUGAGGGCAAGUUGGCUCAGGCAUCUUCAGAAAAGGCAGCUCAGGCAUGUCACUCAGCUGAUGAGAGCGAGUUGGCUACAGCUUCUUCGGAUGAGGCAGCCCAGGUGUCUAAAGAGAGAGUGACAGAAUUGGUUUCACCUGAGGAAAUCAGUCCUCCUAUGGACAAAUCUUCAAAGUCAGCUAUGAUUAAUGGUGUUGCCGAGACUGGGAAUGAAAGCACUCCGGUGGAUCCAGAGUGCGUAAACAAGCCGGUGGAUGAUCACAAUGCCAAUCAGUCUGUAAAUACUAGUGAAAUGAGUGAGGAUGGACCUGAUGAUUUGGAUGCUGAUAGGUUAGUUAAAUCAGAAACUAAGCCAGAACAAACUCUCAGGAAAAGAGGAAGGAAACCCAGCUCUUUAAUCACUUCAACGGAACCUUCUGUUCGAGGUGAUAUUGAGAAAGAAACUGAAAGGCUGCCAGACCGUCGGAAAAGUCGCAAGGAAGUUCAUAGUUCAGCUGCUGAGGAUCCAUCUGCUGAGGCAGUUUUGACUUCAGAAAAUGGUAAAGGAUCUUGUAUUCAGGUGUCCUCACCACAAGCAUCAGAGAGCAAGGCUGUAACUGUUGCUUCUGCAUCCCCAAAUGGGAGCCUUCCUGAGGAGAGUCGUCCAAAAAAGUCUGGACGGCCAAAGAAGAAAGAGAACAUGAUUCAAGAAGCUUCCCCAUCCGCAGAUGUUUCUAAGAAGGCGUCUGAAGAGACACCAGCUUCUGAACAACAGAAACGUGCUGGAAAGAGGAUUCCUGCUGGGAUUACUAAUGAAGUUAAGACACCAGCUUCGGAAGAUAAAUCCAAGAAUGAAAUUGGGACCAAAAGUGAUUCAGAGGCAAAACCACUGAAGCAGUCCGGGAAGAAGACUGAUGCAAGCAAUAAUUUGGAAGAUGGGAAACGGCGUGGACGCACAAAAGGUCCUAUGAAGAAGGAUAAAACGAAAUCUUCUGCUAUGGAUGUUGACAAAGAAGUGGUUUCUCCAUCAAAGUCUAACACAAAAUUAGCUAAAGAUGAUGGCCACAUAGAGGAAAUCCCUAAGACGAACUCUAAGAGAAAGCGGACUCCAGGCAAAGUGACAGCAUCUGAUAGUGUAGAGCUUGGUGAGAACCUGGUCGGUUCAAAGGUUAAAGUUUGGUGGCCAGAUGAUGAUAUGUUUUAUGAUGGUGUCAUUGAUUCGUUUGAUUCUGUGAAAAAGAAGCAUAAGGUUUUGUAUAUUGAUGGUGAUGAGGAAAUACUAAAUCUUAAGGAGGAACGAUGGGAGUUGGUUGACGGCAAUUCUCAUUCUGUAUCAGAUGGGGAACAAGCAACUGAACAUGCAAGUCCUGAUACGUCAUCUGACAUGCAAAAGAAGAAGAAAGCAAAAACAAGUUCUGGACCAUCAACUAAGCAAGGAAAGAUGGGGGUUUCACCUAAAGGGAGUGGAGGAGCUUCCUCCAGCAAAUUGAAAGUUGUGUCUACAAAAUCUGGUGAUAAAUCGAAGAAUGACAGUAAAGUCAGUGGCAAAUUGAAAGUUAACACCCCCAAAUCUGGGGCUAAAUCUGAGGAUGAUACCAGUGGUAAAUCCAAGGAUCGUUCCCAAAGAAGUGGUAAAUCCAUUGAUAAUGCUCCCAAAUUGGCUGGCAAAACUAAAGACGAUGGUGCUACACCCAAGACCAGCACCAAAUCCAAGCAAGGCACUCCGAAAACUGCCAACAAGGGUACCUCAAAAACUGCCUCCAAGGACAUGCCAAAAGUCAACACCGAAGAUGCUCCAAAAUCUGCAUCCAAGGCUAGAACUCCCCGGAGCGGCAGGAAAUCAAGUGUUAGUGGUGCUGGCAAGGUCAAAUCUAAUUUGUCAAAGGAGAGAGGUGCUAAGGAUUUGAAGGAAAAAUCACCUGACUUGGCGAAAUCACCCGAAGCUAUGAAGGGGGAGUUACCUGAUACACCGAAGGCAAGAGAAAGUGAGGCAAAGAGUGGUAAAAAGCGGCGCAGAGGAGCUAAAAGCUAAUAUUCAUAGCUUAAUUGCUUUAGUUUUAUGCUGUCAAGCUGUGCUGUUUCUUCUGCAGCAUGCAACCUUUGAACCUUUUUAUGCAGCUUGCUCUGAAGGCCUGUUUACUGUAAGCCAUGGUUUUGUUUAUUUCUCAUUGUCUUCAACAUUCUUCUGAAAUGAUGGCUUGCAUUGGGUAGGGGAUGAGUUAGUCUCUCCGUAUAUUCUUGUUUUAUAUAUGGAAAUAUGUGCUAUUUUUUAAUCCUGAAGUAGAAAAAACAUUUAAGUUUAGCUUCUGUUAUGUUAGAAAGAGUCCUAUGGAUAAUGUGAUAGAUUUUCAUGCUUGCUGUAAAAUAAUUUUUCACUUUUUUUGGCUGCCUAA